AAACCACAGGGUUUCCCCAUCAUAGCUGGGCUGUCAUAGAGCUGUGACAGACAUUUCAUUCAGAGCUGUGUCACCGAGGGGAGCGAAGCUUAACACGGAGCACACGAAGGACCCUCAAGGGACAAUUCUUCCAAUGAACAGCUGUCUCAUCCCAACACGGAAGAUGAUGGAAGACAAAGGACCCCGUGUUGCCGACUACUUUGUUGUUGCAGGAUUAACAGAGUCAUCGAAACCACUUGAGGAGGAAAUCCACUUUAAUGAUGCCUGCCAUAAGAUAGCGAAACCAAAGGAACCAAUCACAGAUGUUACAGUGAUCAUCAAAUCCCUUGGGGAAGAGGUACCACAGGGAUAUAUAUGUAUGGACACUACCCCGACCGGCCUUUCAGCUGAUCUCAAUAAUGGGAGCAUCCGGGGCCCUCAGAUAUAUCUGUGUUAUAGGAGAGGAAGAGACAAGCCGCCUUUAACAGAUCUGGGGGUCCUGUAUGAAUGGAAAGAGCGGCUGAAACAGGGUUGUCACAUCAUCCAGACUACACCACAUGGACGUCCUGCCAAUAUAAGUAGUAGCACUUCCUCGCAGAAAGCAUACAUCACCUACCGAAGAGGCUCCGAAAACAUGACCCAGAAUACCCUGGCUGUGACCGAUAUUUGUAUAAUCAUCCCCAGCAAAGGCGAGACUCCGCCACAUACCUUCUGUAAGGUGGAAAAGAACCUUAACAGCAGCAUGUGGGGAUCAGCAGUGUACCUCUGUUACAAGAAGUCUGUUGUGAAAGCCAAUGCAGUAUCUUAUAAAGCUGGUUUAAUAUGCAGAUAUCCAGAAGAGGAUUAUGAGUCCUUUCCUUUGCCAGAGUCUGUGCCUCUCUUCUGCUUGCCCAUGGGGGCGACAAUAGAAUGCUGGCCGUCCAACAGUAAUUAUCCGCUUCCAGUUUUCUCUACCUUUGUUUUAACUGGGGCAUCUGCUGAUAAGGUGUACGGAGCGGCCAUACAGUUCUUUGAGCCUUUCACUCACGAGCAGCGGACAGAAAAACAGAAAGUACAAUUAGGAUUGGCAAACAAUGCAGAAGGAAAGCCAGACGCUUCUAAAAGCAUCCAUGUCAGCAAGUGCAUCUGCCUCCUGUCUCACUGGCCUUUCUUUGAUGCAUUUAAGAAAUUUCUCACUUUCCUCUAUCGCUAUUCCAUCUCUGGACCUCAUGUGCUCCCAAUAGAGAAACAUAUCUCGCACUUCAUGCACAAAGUUCCUUUCCCUUCUCCACAGAGGCCAAGAAUAUUGGUACAGCUUUCUCCGCACGAUACCCUGAUACUGAGCCAACCUGUGUCCUCACCACUUCCACUCAGCGGAGGGAAGUUUUCUACGUUACUGCAGAAUCUAGGCCCUGAGAAUGCAGUGACUCUCUUGGUCUUUGCUGUGACUGAACACAAGAUCCUCAUCCAUUCUUUACGGCCGUCUGUUCUCACCAGUGUAACUGAAGCUUUGGUCUCUAUGAUUUUUCCCUUCCAUUGGCCAUGCCCAUAUAUUCCUCUUUGCCCUUUGGCCCUGGCAGACGUGCUGAGUGCCCCAUGUCCUUUCAUUGUGGGAAUUGAUUCUCGCUACUUUGAUUUGUAUGAGCCCCCUCCGGAUGUGAGCUGCGUUGACCUAGAUACCAACACCAUCUCCCAAUCAGAGUGUAAGAGGAAUGUCAGCUGGAAGAACCUUCCUAAGAAAGCCUGCAAGAAUCUCCUGAAUACCCUGAGCAACCUGUAUCAGCAACUGGCAGAGUUACAACAAAGACCUAGAGAUGAUGCACUUCUCGAACUGGCAAUGAACGACUAUGACUUAAUUUCGGGGAAGAAACUCCAUCAGCUUGAUAUGGAGAUUCAAGAAGCCUUCUUAUGCUUCAUGGCAUCCAUUUUGAAGGGAUACAGAGCCUACCUUCGACCCAUCACACAGGCCCCCUCUGAGACUGCCACAGAUGCCAGCUCCCUUUUUGAGCUCCAAGGGUUUUUAAAGAGUCGUGAUCGUUCCCACCACAAAUUCUACAAUAUGAUGACUAAGACUCAGAUGUUUAUACGGUUCAUUGAGGAGUGCUCAUUUGUUAGUGAUAAGGAUGCAAGUUUGGCCUUCUUUGAUGACUGUGUGGAGAAGCUGUUCUCAGAAAGGAAUUGUGUUGAAAAAGGUGUCAAGGUGGAUGUAGACAAAUCUGGAGACAUGCGUCUUAUUGAGCUGGAUGAGUCUCAUAAGAGUGAGCACACAGUGUUCAUUACACCCCCUGAGAUCCCUCAUUUACCAAAUGGGGAGGAGCACCCCAAAAAAUACAGUUACAGUGGGUUUCCUGUUCUUACAAUUGACCUCUUUGACACUCCGGAUGGGCUCUUGAAAACCCACAGACUUUCCACUAAAGUUACUGCACCCUGCAGUCCGUCUCCAAUGUUUAGGAGAACUAAACAGGAAAUCAAGUCAGCUCAUAAAAUAGCAAGACAGUACUCUUCUAUUCCCCAAAUGUGGUCCCGAUGUCUACUGAAGCACUGCUAUGGCCUGUGGUUUAUAUGCCUGCCUGCAUAUGUCAAAGUCUGCCAUUCCAAAGUGAGAGCUCUGCGUACUGCAUACGACAUCCUUCGGAAGAUGCAAGCCAAGAAAAUUGACUCUCCUGAUGAGGUGUGCUAUCGUGUUCUCAUGCAGCUGUGUGGUCAGUAUGGUCAGCCUGUUCUUGCAGUUAAAGUUUUAUUUGAAAUGAAGAAAGCUGGAGUGCAACCCAAUGCAAUCACCUACGGAUACUAUAACAAAGCUGUUCUGGAAAGCGUUUGGCCUUCUGGGAACAGGGGAGGUUAUUUCCUGUGGAUAAAGGUCAGGAAUGUUCUUCAUGGAGUAGCCCAGUUUAAGAGAGCCUUGAAAAAGCAGCAUUCUUUAGCACCGCAUGCUACACCCUCAGAUACCAGUGAUCUGGACGCAGUUAGUCAUGGCAGUAUGGACAGCUCUGUUGACAUGAAUGCCACAGAUCAACCGUCAUUCAGUACAGAUGUCACCAGCACUGACCCUGCAGAUGACAGAUCUAGCACAGGUGGUCAAUCUGAUCUAGGAUACAGCUCUUUAUCCAAGGAAGAGGUUCGCAGAGGAGCAGUGCAUGAUAUACAAGAAGAACAGGAAGACUCUAGAGGGAGUGACUCUAGCUCAAUGUCAGAGACAGAGAGUUCUAAGGGCAGCAGAGAUGGCCUUCCUCAGCUGCUUAGUCCUAUUGCUCAAGUUGCCAACUCCACAUCCAACAUUGUUAGGAAAGAGGUCAAACCAGACAACAUCGCUGAAACCUUUUGUACAGAAAAUGCAGCUGGACUACUAUUUGCUUCCUCCUUCGAAGAUGCCAGGGAAAGUGAAAUAUACCAAAGCUGGAGUUUACGUAAGAGGCACAAGAGUGCCAUGGAACCAGGCUUAAAAGAUCAGUUAGAAUGGGCACCUAACAGUGGGCAGUACAAGCAAGAAAAUAUUGCAGGGCUACUAAUCGGUGGCACAGACCAGGAGGAAACAGCUGGUAAGAUGCUUCAUAAACUGGGAGCAGAUGCCAAGAUACUCAAUGGAGCUCUCCAGAAAAGCAUUCCUCGGCCAAAGACCUUGGACAUAAAAAGGGCAUCUCCAAGGAAGGAAAUUGUGAACAUAACCAAGGAGUGGAGUGAUGACGAAUCCCCAGUGGGGGAGGAGGGGUAUCCUGACAAGGCUGACUCACCAGUGAUUUUUGACCUUGAAGAUCUUGACAAUGACACUGUAGAAAGUAAACCAAUAAAAGCAAAUUGCCAGAAGGAAAAACCCAGAGACAGAAACAUGAGCAUAAGCUCAGCAAUAUCAGUGUUCCCAGCCAAGCCCGUGGAGAAGACAGAUGUAGAGGUAGGAUUAGACCCUCUAUCAAUGCUAGCAGCAGAGACCGAGCAAGAAGAAGAAAUCGAGGAAGUGGUGGACAAAACUCUUUUGACGCCUUCUGCUAAAAGGGACCUUGCAGAAGAGAUUGAGAUGUAUAUGAAUAACAUGAGCAGUCCAUUGGCCAGUAGGGCUCCAAGCAUGGACUUACAAAGGAACACCUCAGAUCAGUAUAAAAGCUCUAAAUCUUUACCACUCUGCAGACGCUUGAGUCUUCCCUCGUCACCUCCACAGGCACCUAGAUUAACAAAGUCAAAAACUUACCAUGUAAAACCUGAGGAGAGGCAACGAAGUCGGCUCUGGUCCUCUCCUGCAUACUCGGUGGGAAGUCUAAAAACAGAAGACCCUUCAGAUUCCACGGUUGCACUAAUGUCCCCAACAUCUUUUAACAUUGACACAAUUCUUACUCCCAAGCUUGAUGUGCUAAAGAGCAGCAUGUUUUCUGCUGGAAAAGGAGUUGCUGAAAAGGCUACUAAAUGGUACUCAAAAAUUGCUAACUACACUGGCCCAGGGAAGGAUCCGAAUUCUGACCGCAUGAGCCUGUGCUCGAGUGGGACAGGAGAUGUAGAAUCAGGCUCUCUCAAUGAAGAUGACUUUGAAGGCAUUCCCUCUUCACGUGACAAUGACCUCAACACUGCCAACAGCUCAGUGGGCAUGAGUAGAACCAGCCUGGAGAGUAACACUUCCCAAGAGGGCAGCUCAAAGCAGCUCUACAACAGUAGCUCGCCUUCUAGGAUCACAAUAAACUACAAAACUGAGCCUCAUUCCUCAAGCAAUUCCAGCAGUACCAGUGUAUUCCAGAACUAUGCCAUGGAGGUCCUGAUCUCCAGUUGCUCGCGGUGUCUGACAUGUGAUUGUCUUGUUCAUGAUGAAGAGAUUAUGGCAGGCUGGACAGCAGAUGACUCAAAUCUCAACACAACAUGUCCCUUCUGUGGCAAUUCCUUCCUCCCAUUCUUAAAUAUAGAAAUCCGAGAUUUGCGACGACCCAGCAGAUACUUCAUGAAAGCCAGUCCAUCUGCAGAAUGUAUGCCCAUUCCUUCUGUUUCAUCCCAGAGACCCAAGUCUGAAAUUGUUACUCCCACUUUUUCCCUUAAUCCAAGCAAAACAAAAUUGGAAGAGACUAAUGUCAGGAUCAUACAGAUCCCAAAAGGAAGGAGGAAGAAUGAUAGCAGUGAAUCAGCAUCUCCAAGUCUCCCUGUAGUGAGAAGCAUCAGUACGUUCAGCCCUUUGGAUGAGAAGCCAUCUAGCAAACUGAGCCAUGUUUCCACUGGCAGCCUGCCUACUAACCUUCAGACUUCCGCUGACUCCCUGGACUGGAGGAUGUCACACCCCGAGCCAAUCACUGUCCCUUACCUCAGCCCCCUUGUAGUGUGGAAAGAACUGGAAAGCCUGCUGGAGAAUGAAGGAGACCCAGCGAUUUCUGUACCGGGUUUCGUGGACCAUCACCCCAUUGUUUUCUGGAACUUGGUGUGGUAUUUUAGGAGACUGGAUCUUCCUAGUAAUCUGCCUGGAUUAAUCUUAUCCUCAGAACAUUGCAACAUACAUUCCAAGAUUCCUAGGACCACAGUGUCUGAAGACAGUAAACAUGUCCUUAUUCAAGUCUUAUGGGACAAUCUGAAGCUACACCAGGAUCCACGGCAGCCGCUGUACAUCUUGUGGAACACUUUAAGUCAAAACUGCACUGUAGUUUAUGAGACCCAGGAGCAUCCCCUGGCCCUUGCCCAACAGGAGGAGGCGUUUAAUCAGGAGUUUCUCCAAGGUCUGGUGAGAAGCAUUAAGAACAACAAUGUGUAUGGUCCUGUGAGCCAGAUACUGGAGUCCCUGCAGCAUAGUCCAAAGAAUUCCAGACAGAGGAGUUUGUACAGAGAAAUUUUGUUCCUGUCUCUUGUAGCUCUGGGGAGAGAGAACAUUGACAUUGAUGUGUUUGACCGGGAAUACAAGACGGCCUAUGAUCGCCUUACCCCUGAGCAGGUAAAGUGCACCCAGAUUUGUGACCGUCCUCCAAGUACAGGCGUCACAGAAUGCAGGAAGACAUUUGGACAGCCGUUCCUCUGAGGACCUGAUCUGCCACCACUAUGGAUACAGGAGCAAGAUCUCUGCACAUAUAUAUGUGUCUUCAAGGAGAUUAAACAUUGGGAACAAGCAAUAUGGAAGAUUUUCAUGGUAGGACUGUGUGUAAAAUGGAAGACGAGAGGCGGAUGAGGCCUAUUGUCUACAUAACCUCGCCUGUCCACAGAUGGAAGUUCAGGUCUCUGCAUAAUGGAAAAAGGAAAGCGGGAGAUUUACAUCAUUCCGAGUGUUGUAGUUUACAAAGAAUAUUUAUACUUGUAUAAAAUUUUUAUGUACAGUAGGUACACAUGCCUAGUAAGUCCUUACCAUUCCAUUUUGUAUUCUAUGCGAGUACUGAGCAAUGAUCGUGUGUUAUGGACAGUAUGUUACAGUGCCUCAAAGUGUAGGCACCACCUUGUCUUUAGCUAUCAUCUCUUAAUUUAUUAGAAGUCCUGGGUGCCGUGUGAUAUUUGCAGUGGAGAAAUCGAGUUCUGAAAACAUUUAGAGGUGACAUCUGCAGCCGGCAGCUGGCUGUGGAUUACCAGACCUGGAGCAGCAAUAAAUACACUAAUCCUGUACCCAUGUGAAUGAUGUAAUGAGCUGAGCUAUGAUGGUGGUUCAGAGAUACCACUGGAGUGCAACAUGUCACAUCUCUAUUCCUCCCCAUGUUUUACUAUUACUUUGUUUGGGAUGCUUCCUUGUUAUGGUACCUAAAGAGAAUGUUUUUUCAUGUAAACAAUGGUGAUAAGCAUAUCUCGAUUGUAAUGCUGACAAACAAGCAUAUAUUGCCAUCAGCGGGCUUGUCCGGUUUAGACAACCCCUUUCUAUUUACCCUAUUAGGGCAUACAGACUGGGACCCCUAAGGCCUAUGUUCAGCCCACAUAACACCUACCAAAUUAAUUGCCAUCACUAAGGCUAAUAGCCUCCUACCCCUGACCUCACAGUCAGCAUUGGUCCAGGAGAUGAGCGGACUCCCUGAAUAGAUGAAUUGUAUCUAUUUCCUUGAGUGCCCUGCUACUUGCAUAUUACAGUUAUCUUAUCAUUCCUACCAAGCACGCAAUAUGUAGCAGUGACCCGAUACGAACAGUGACGGCUCCACUGCCACCCAGUGUUGUACUUACCUACUCCCAGGACCCUCAGGUGGCUUGUUGUUUACACACUCAAAUGUAAUUCUUGCAAAUAUAAAUGAAAUGAAUCCUAGUGCACUUAAUGCUGUUACAUUCCCAAUACUACAAUGCUAUAGACUAUUAUAAGACGUUUGCUUUGCACUAUAAAUACUGUUUAGUAAUAACGGUAUAUGAUGCUUAGUUCAGAAGAAAGCCCCUUUCCUGUGUAAGGGAUUAAUACGCAGUUGACUGUACUACACAUGUCACCUCCAUACUGGAAGAGUCUCCAUUAUCAGCUUCAAUGAAAUAUGUGGCUCUGCAAAGGGUUAACUCUUCUCUGGUCUUCAUCUCAUUCCUCUGUCCAAUGGUACUGUCUGGAGCUGUACAUUCUGUAGAUUUGUAAUAUUUCCAGAAAUAAUAUACUGAGAAGAAAUGAGUUUAUUAUAGAAAUCCUCUUUAUUUUUGUGGUAAGGGGCACGUUUACAUUGGUCAGACAUUUCGGUUAUUGAUAAAGAACGCAGCAUUGUAGAAGACCAGAAGUAGAGAGGGGUCAGCGUCUAUAGCUGGACUAUGUCACGAGAGGUCAUGUCAGAUGUAGCACUGUUACUGCCCAGGCCCGAUGUGCUCUACCUUAAACACUGUAAAGAAUCUGCAGAUCCCUUCUGGUUUACAGGCUCACAGGCACUGCCAAGAACCACUUGUGUACUGAAAGAUACAGUAUAUAUGAAGCUGGUUUACCGGUGACAUGUACGAUCUUUAUAUGGCUGUUACCAUGUGACCUUUUGUUGUGUUGCUUUUAUUUAAUAAAACGUCUUUAGAAAUUGGA